AUGUUGGUCAUUCGUGUGGCACUCCAACUUGAUCGUUACGAUAAAUUUGUUUCGCAAUUCGCACCAUCUGGUGUGUGCCUACCGUCCACCUUUGGUGCCUAUUCUGUGAAUUUCAGCGCAUUUUCUAAGAAUGAAGAGCUCAAUCGACUGCUCAAAUUACAAGGGGAUUUCUCACCUGUGCCACUUCAUUUGAGAAUGGAUAUUCAAAGGGCCUAUCUGCGCGCCUCUGGUCGUACCUCGGACGAGCUAGCGAACCUUAAUAUCGUACACGUGGCAGGGUCAAAAGGAAAGGGCUCUACCUGUGCCUACAUUGAAUGCAUGUUGCGACACGAAGGCUACCGCACUGGCCUCAUCACAUCGCCACAUCUGAUCAACGUGGAGGAGCGUAUACGAAUCAACGGGAAGCCUGUUGAGAGGGAACUGUUUGCUGAGCACUUUUGGAUGCUUUAUGAUAAGUUCAAUGCAAAUGCGCCUAUUCGGUUUCGACUGCUACAAAUGAAAGCUUUCUACAGAGCAUCUUUGCCCCAUAACUGCUAUCGUCCUCGUGUCACCGUAGUCGCUGCGAUAGAACUGGAACACACGGAUUUUUUGGGUGAUACAAUCCGAGAGGUGGCGUGGAACAAGGCAGGAAUCUUCAAGCCCGGAGUUGCGGCUGUGGUGGCCACAGACGAACCGGAGGACGCGAUGGCAGUUUUCACCGAGGAGGCUGAAGCAGUUCAAUGUCCCCUCUUUGUGGCGCCCCGAUUCGUUGACGUUCAACGUAGUCUUGGUGGUGAUGACGUGGUGUUGUCGGAUUGGCAGCGUCUCGUGCACGAAAUGGGGUGUCCGCUAGUUAACGAAAGAAAUGUCUGUCUCGCAUUGGCUGCUGUCAGCCUGUGGCAUGGGCAUUAUAGCACCGUCUCGCCAUCUGUGCAGCUCGAUCCAUCAAUGCGAAUUCUUUCAACUCGUGUUGUUGGGCGAUUCCAUGAGGUGCAGAUGUCGAAAAAGUUGACGUUUUACGUCGACUGUGCCCACACUGCUGAGAGCAUCAGGGCACCGUACAUUGCGCAUUUUGCUGUUCACUGUAACUGGAAAUCGCAAUCCACUGGCUAUGCUGAGACGGCUGGAGGUGAGACGCUUCGCUUUGACGUUGUCUACUUCGCCGGCUUCAUCGCUGGUGGUUUGGCUAGGAUUGAGCCCAAGCUACCCUGUCCAUGUCAAUGCAAGGACGUCUGGGAGGAGUUGCAAUCUUCGACCCCCGCCUACCAGUUAGUGGGUGAUGAGUUGGUCCAAUUCCUGAGGUCGCUUAAGACCUGGGAUGGGGCAUCACCACUAACUCUCAAUUUCGGCACUGUUCAACCACCUAGAAUUGACGUUCUGGUGACGGGUAGUGUCCACUUGGUGGGAGAUGUGCUCUCGAACGAGUCAACCAAAGUUCUCGAAAAUCAAUUGGAGUGGAGCUCAUAUUGUCAUCAUUAUCUACCCAUCCUCUUAGCAUUAACUUCUCUUUCCGUCUUAGCCUACCGAAAUACUAUACUAAUGCUGUCCACCAAGGUCAUUGUGAUGAUGAACUGGCCCACUGGCUCAUCUCUUUAUGUGGUAGUGCGUUUCUCCAGUGUUAGUUUGCUGAUAUUACUACCGAAUCAGGGCGAUCAAGUCCUCAAGCAAGUAUGGUGUUGGGAAUGUGUUCGCAUCCUCAGGAAAUGGUUGAACCCGCCAACUCCAAACAUGUCUGAACCACCUCAGGACAGUUACGCCUUCUGCGAGAAUUGGUGUCUUCGUCUUGUUAUUGGCCACCUUCCAGCCUCUCCACCAAAUGCUUUGAAGGAAAGGUGGACGAAUGGCGAAUGUGGAGGUGAGGAGAAGGAGGGUGAGGCAGAGCGAGCUGUGUCUGACCAGCAUAGUGGAGUCUCGGGACGCUACAAUCACUUGGUUUGCAGCUUUGUACAGGUACCAGUGGCAGCGUCGUGUCGAACUUGUUGGGCCAGUCCGUGGCUGGUGCCACUUCAAUUAUUAUUAGCAGUUUCGCAGAACAGCGGGGCGGGCCCACGACUGAAGAACCUCUACCUUUUGCUGCGCGGGCCGCCCGCUUGCUCCCCAGGGAAAGCCGUGAGUCUUCGCCCGUUGAUACCUUCCGACUGUCCCCUCUCCACCCGAGUACUAGGAAAUAGUGUUCUUUCGACCAGUAAGAAGCUGAGGAAUGCCGCGCGCGGAGGCUGCGCGUCGUAA